GUGACAGAGCGCGAGACCCAGCCUAGAGAGAGCCCGGAGCCAGCGUGGGAGGCCGCUGCCGUCGCGCGCCUUGGUGAGUGCCCUCCACCCGGCCCCCUGCUCCCUCCCCCAGCUCUCCCCGGCUACGCGGCCAGCCCUCGGCGUGCCAGCGCGAGACCCUUUGCCACCCGCCCCCCCCCCCCGCCACCGCCCUUUUGCGCCUGCGCGAGACCCCCAGCUACCGCACGGUUGUCCAGAGGACAGAAGAUCCGCCUUCUCAUUGGGCAGCGGGACUGGAGGGUUCUGGUUCGGAUUGACCGGCUUUGUGUUCCGUUCUAGCGCUGCACGCCAGACACCGGCCUUUCAAUAUCCGUCUCUUCCCUGCAGGUUGACGGCGUUGCACGCUCUCGCGGGGAGGCUCUGGCUUUCCAAACGCUGGCACCGAGGGUUGCAGUUCUGAUUCGUUUUCUUUCCUCUGUCCCCCAGUUGCAGUUUUCAGGACUACGUAGGGGAGGGAAUAGCUUUUUGUUGAACGGUUUAAGACGCUGACCUGUGCAACCGGACCACGCCUGGUUCCUGUGUCUCUUACCAAACCGUGACCCCGGAGCACAGGACUGGGUUUGGUGGUCGUGAGCAGUUUGUGACCCUUGAAGGAAGACACCAGGCCUGGUCCUGUAUCUCCCUCGCCAGACUGUGACCAGGGAGGGCUGGGAUCAGACUUUGACCCCCGAGGGCUGAGACCGGGACUGUUUCUACCACAUCAUAAUAUGGUUUCUAAAGGGCUGGAACAAGCUUUCAGUCUUUCUGUGGCCUUGUGUUUCAGUCAUGUUCUUUUUCUUUUCUUUUUUAUUUUAUUUUGAGACAGAGUCUCGCUCUGUUGCCCAGGCUGGAGUACAGUGGCAUGACCCCGGCUCACUGCAGCCUCUGCCUCCCAGGAGAAUCGUUUGAACCCGGAAGGCAGAGGUUGCAGUGAGCCGAGGUCGCACCACUCCACUCCAGCCUGGGUGACAGAGCAAGACUCCGUCUGAAAAAAAAAAAAAAACGGAAUGUAAUUAGAAGUGUUACAGUCCUGUCUGUUAACUGGUAAAUUCGGUCCAUUUACAUUUCUCAUGAUAAUAAACUAUUUGAAUUUGAUUUUAUUAUCUCAUUCUGUACUUUCUAUUUGUCCAGGUUUUUCUGUUCCUUUUUUUUUUUUUUUUUUUUUUUAACUUCCUGCCUAUACACACGCAGCCAUCAACCCACAAAGACAUGACUACCAACGCGGGCCCCUUGCACCCAUACUGGCCUCAGCACCUAAGACUGGACAACUUUGUACCUAAUGACCGCCCCACCUGGCAUAUACUGGCUGGCCUCUUCUCUGUCACAGGGGUCUUAGUCGUGACCACAUGGCUGUUGUCAGGUCGUGCUGCGGUUGUCCCAUUGGGGAUUUGGCGGCGACUGUCCCUGUGCUGGUUUGCAGUGUGUGGGUUCAUUCACCUGGUGAUCGAGGGCUGGUUCGUUCUCUACUACGAAGACCUGCUUGGAGACCAAGCCUUCUUAUCUCAACUCUGGAAAGAGUAUGCCAAGGGAGACAGCCGAUACAUCCUGGGUGACAACUUCACAGUGUGCAUGGAAACCAUCACAGCUUGCCUGUGGGGACCACUCAGCCUGUGGGUGGUGAUCGCCUUUCUCCGCCAGCAUCCCCUCCGCUUCAUUCUACAGCUUGUGGUCUCUGUGGGCCAGAUCUAUGGGGAUGUGCUCUACUUCCUGACAGAGCACCGCGACGGAUUCCGGCACGGAGAGCUGGGCCACCCUCUCUACUUCUGGUUUUACUUUGUCUUCAUGAAUGCCCUGUGGCUGGUGCUGCCUGGAGUCCUUGUGCUUGAUGCUGUGAAGCACCUCACUCAUGCCCAGAGCACGCUGGAUGCCAAGGCCACAAAAGCCAAGAGCAAGAAGAACUGAGGAGUGGUGGACCAGGCUCGAACACUGGCCGAGGAGGAGCUCUCUGCCUGCCAGAAGAGUCUAGUCCUGCUCCCACAGUUUGGAGGGACAAAGCUAAUUGAUCUGUCACACUCAGGCUCAUGGGCAGGCACAAGAAGGGGAAUAAAGGGGCUGUGUGAAGGCACUGCUGGGAGCCAUUAGAACACAGAUACAAGAGAAGCCAGGAGGUCUGUGAUGGUGACGAUUUUUAAAAUCAGGAAAUAAAAGAUCUUGACUCUAA